AUGUCAUUGCCGCAGCGGCCGGGGAAGGCGUCCCCAGGGAGGGAGGAAACACACUCCGCCUUUCGGGAGAACUCACGAAGGAGACGCCGGGAUUCCGACAAUGCUGGAAACAAUGACCCUACCAGCCCACGGCGGCACCGACACCACCGUUCGCAUAGCUCUCGGCACCACCAAGAUAUAGACGAGGAGCGGGCAGAAGAUACCGGAAUAAGGCGAAAGAAGAGUCUUGUGAAGCCGGAGAGAGGUCGCAUUGAUCCGAGCCAUCCCAACUACCUAUACCACCAGCGGACACAGAACAUGCCGACGUAUAAUUCGAUGACGGGGACGGAGCCGUUGAUGCACGGUGAGGCGGAGGCAGACACGACUAGUACCCCAAGCAUGGACUCAAAGCGCAAGGAGGAGCUGUACGGGGCGCAUGGAAAUGUCAACAAGCCCAUGGAGCGCGUUCCGACCCGGCACCGAUCGAAGAAAAGAAAGGGCUCGAGAAAGCUCACCAAGCGUGAGGCGGCAGCGGAGAAGAGACGCCAAAAGGCGAUGGAGCAGGUUCGACCGCCCAGCUUAUGGACAACAUACUGUUCAGUGGUGACAUUCUGGGCGCCUGAUUUCAUAAUGAAGUGUUUCGGCAUGCCGCAAAAGGCUCAGCGAAGCGCAUGGCGUGAGAAGAUCGGUCUCAUCAGCAUCAUCUUGAUGAUUGCGGCAUUCGUCGGUUUCCUCACCUUUGGUUUCACGGCUACUGUAUGUGGAAACCCUCCAACUCGAUUGAAGAUCAACGAAAUUGGGAGGGGCUACAUGAUCUUCCAUGGGCAAGCAUAUGACUUGUCUGGGUCAGAGCAUCCCGCUGCGACUGGUAUCCCGCGAGACACCAACGUUCUGUAUGACCUGCCGCACAAGUACGGAGGCCAGGAUGGAAGCUUUUUCUUCCAGGAGGUCAAUGGCGACUGCAAAGGGCUAAUCACACUCGCCGAUGGAUCGGAUGUUCCUACCAAUGCCAAUGGCGACCUUGCCUGGUACUUCCCAUGCGCCCCUUUCAACCAAGACGGUUCUUCCCGGCCAAACCUGACCGAGUCGUACUACCCUGGCUGGGGUUGCCAUACCUCAGGGUCUGCGCGGCAGUCUUUCUACAACUUGAAAAGCUCAGGCGAUGUCUACUUUACCUGGGAAGACACCAAAAACACGAGCCGAAACCUUGCCAUCUACUCCGGGAACGUCCUCGAUCUAGACCUUUUAGCCUGGUUCAACACCGACCAAGUUAGCUAUCCGAGCAAAUUCGACGAACUCCGUGAGAAUCCGGACAUUCGCGGCGUCGAUCUCACAUAUUUCUUCCAGACGGGCGAGGACAAGCAAAUCGGCAAGUGUUUAUCGCAAAUCAUCAAGGUAGGAAGUAUUGAUACCGAUACCGUGGGCUGUAUUGCGUCUCAGGUUGUGCUCUACGUGUCCCUGGUCUUUAUUUUGUCUAUUGUCAUCGUCAAAUUCGCCUUCGCCGUCGUCUUCCAAUGGUUCCUUGCACCACGAUUCGCGGCUCAGAAGACCAGCAUGGGCGCCGUCGAUUCGAAAGCCCGGAACCAGCAGAUCGAGGAUUGGUCAAAUGAUAUCUAUCGCCCUGGUCCUCGACUUGCGGACCAUAACGCAGGUGACCGUAUGAGCAAGAGAGCCAGUUUCCUACCAACAACUUCUCGGUUCUCUAGUCCUUAUACGGUGAGCAACGGAGGGAAGCAGAGGCCCCAGUGGGUGACCAUGGCAAGCCAAAACUCCACCACCCGAUUGGUCCCUAGCGGAAACACUCGUUCGAUCUACCGGGAGAGCCACAACGGCAGCGGCACACUAAGCGUCGACAACUCUCGCUUGAACCCGUCUGCAAGCCGAACCAGCUUAGUUCAGGAGUCGCGGUAUUCGACAAUGCCCCCUGAUUCUGAGGGUCUCGAUUCUUCUGGUUACAUACAUGAACUUGUCGUUCCCCAACCGCCACCCGACUGGCAGCCCUAUGGAUUUCCCCUGGCGCAUACGCUAUGCUUGGUCACUUGUUACUCUGAAGGUGAAGAAGGAAUUCGCACCACCUUGGACUCUAUUGCGAUGACAGAUUACCCGAACAGCCAUAAGACCAUCGUUGUGAUCUGUGACGGUCUUAUUAAGGGUAAAGGAGAGCAAUUUUCUACUCCUGAAAUUGUCCUUGGUAUGAUGCGCGAUCCUCUCAACAACCCCGACGACGUGCAGGCGUUCUCCUACGUGGCGGUGGCUACUGGCUCGAAGCGCCACAACAUGGCCAAGGUGUACUCCGGAUUCUACGACUAUGGCGAGAACUCUAUCUUCCCUCCAGAGAAGCAACAGCGUGUCCCGAUGAUGAUCGUUGUGAAGUGCGGUACUCCAGCCGAGGAAGGUCAGGGGAAAGCCGGAAACAGAGGCAAGCGAGACAGUCAGAUUAUUCUCAUGUCGUUCUUGCAAAAGGUCAUGUUCGACGAGCGAAUGACAGAGCUGGAGUACGAGAUGUUCAAUGGGCUGUUGCACGUAACGGGGAUACCACCAGACUUCUAUGAGGUCGUACUUUGUGUCGAUGCGGACACCAAGGUCUUCCCGGACAGUUUGACGCACAUGAUCUCUGCAAUGGUCAAAGAUCCAGAGGUAAUGGGUCUCUGCGGUGAAACGAAGAUUGCCAACAAAACCGACAGCUGGGUGUCCAUGAUCCAGGUGUUUGAGUACUUUGUUUCUCAUCAUUUGUCCAAAUCCUUCGAAUCCGUUUUCGGUGGUGUCACUUGUCUUCCAGGUUGUUUCUCGAUGUACCGAAUAAAAGCGCCCAAGGGUGGCCAGAACUAUUGGGUCCCGAUUCUCGCCAACCCCGAUGUCGUCGAGCACUACUCGGAGAACGUGGUCGAUACCCUGCAUAAGAAGAACUUGCUACUCCUCGGAGAAGAUCGAUACCUCUCGACGCUCAUGCUCCGAACAUUCCCCAAGCGAAAGCAGAUCUUUGUUCCCCAGGCCGUCUGCAAAACCGUCGUACCCGACAAGUUCAUGGUUCUCUUAUCCCAGCGACGCCGGUGGAUCAACAGUACCGUCCACAACCUGAUGGAGCUGAUCCUCGUCCGGGACCUGUGUGGUACCUUUUGCUUCAGUAUGCAAUUCGUCAUCUUCAUUGAAUUGAUCGGAACGCUUGUCCUUCCCGCCGCUAUCUCGUUUACCAUCUACGUCAUCGUCUCCUCCAUCGUCAACAGGCCUGUCCAGAUCAUUCCUCUGGUACUGCUUGCGCUGAUUCUCGGUCUUCCUGGUGUACUGGUCGUCAUCACGGCUCACCGGGUCGUCUACGUUCUGUGGAUGUUGAUUUAUCUCAUCUCGCUUCCGAUUUGGAACUUUGUCCUGCCCACGUAUGCGUACUGGAAGUUCGACGACUUUAGCUGGGGUGAUACGCGAAAGACGGCGGGCGAGAAAGACAAGGGCCACGAGGACGGAGAAGGAGAGUUUGACAGCAGCAAGAUUACCAUGAAGAGAUGGCGAGACUUUGAGAAAGAUCGCCGAUUGAGAAUGCAGACUGGGUGGCAGCCACCGGUCGGGGGUCAUCAUCCGAUGCCAUAUGAACCAUUUUCGGACUAUUAG